AUAUAUACUUUAUACCACGCGCGGAAAAUCUUGCGAUGCUUCGUAAUGUAUGACAUCACUCGUCGUGAGAUGAUUACCGAACCAACGUGAUCGAAUGCGAAUAAUGCGAGUGUGACACAUGUUAAAUUUGACAUCGGUGAAAAGUUGCGGGGGUGCGCGGCGUGACCUCACGACGUAUUUCUAGCAGCCGACACUCGACGUAGUUUUGACACAUAUCUAUUCUCUAGGCCAGUUUCGGCCAGGUUAUGUCGCCCGAUUGUUUAUUAACGCGGUUAGCUUGUAAAUAGAACGUUUUUGGAGAAAAAUGAUGAUUGUCAUUCGUUACUGCUGAGAGUGCCCAUGUAAAAUGUCUACGUUGCUGCGUGCGUUAGGAUGCAUCUGUCGUGCCAAUCAAUUUUCAAAUUCGGGAAUCGCAACGAGAAUUGUUUACAGCACAUCGACGGUCAACGUAUUGCUACGAUCCAAAGUUGGAUACUUCACGAACCAUGCAUCUAGAUACAUGUACGCGGGACAGAGACUAACUAAUUCUCAAAAUGCAACUGUGGAGGUUCAUGGCGAGAUAGACAAAAAAUUUAAAGACCUAAAUUAUGAAUUAAAAAAAUAUGGAAGGAUCAAAAAAUUGAGCGUUCAGGACAUUUUACAGGACUCCAAAGAGAGUGAAAAUCUAUCUAGUCUACAAGGCUUGUUUUUGUUACAAUGUUGCUCUGAAUUGAUCGAUGACAAAUCUCCAGAAGCCAAAAUACAGCUGGCUGAAGAAAUAUGGUCUACAUUACAUAAAUUAGGCACUCCAAUAGAUGUAUCUCAUUAUAAUGCUUUAUUAACAUUAUAUCUUGAAAAUGAUCAUGAAUUUUCACCUUUGGAUUUUUUGGAAAAUAUGAUACAAGCUGACACCCUACCAAAUAGAGUGACAUUUCAGAGAUUGAUUACACAAUUUUGCAACCACGGACAAGUUAAAGAAGCAAAUCAAAUAAUUGACUUUGUGAAAAGAAACAAUGUUCCUAUAACAGAAAGUAUAUUGAGCCCGUUGAUAUAUGGACACGCUAUGAACAACGAUAUGGAAUCUGCAAUGAAAAUUAUGGAUAAUAUGAUUUCAUCUAAUAUUACUCCGACAAUCACAACAUAUGCUACUUUAUUAAACUGUUAUGCACGCACAGGAGAUAUAAAUAAUGUGAGAAGUAUUCUCUCUCAAUGCGAAGAAAAAAAUUUAUGGGUUCCCAACAAAGUUCUUUUAGAAGUAAUUUAUCAUUUAACUUCAAAUGGACACAUAGAAUUUAUUGAUGAAAUUCUAGCACAACUCAACAAAGGAUCAGAUUAUGUUAAAGAGGUCAAUAGAAUUAUUUAUAAACUCAUUAGAAAAGAAUAUAUUGAUGAAGCGUAUAAAAUAUUUCAAACUCUUCCUCAAACUCAAACAAAGGAUUUUUACUCUUUAUCUGGAAAUUAUUUUAUCCAAAUGCUUAUACAAUUUAAAGUGCCAAUUGAAAAGUGUAUUGAGUAUGUAGAAAGAUUGACAAAUGAAGGAUAUAAUCCAAAAGCUUUUAUGAUGGCUAUACAAAAAACAUUUGCUCGUGAAAUGUUUGAUUCAACAAUAGCACUUAUGAAAGCUUGGAAGUCAUUAGGUGGUUUUGUUAGAGAAUCUUAUUUUUAUUCAAUAUUUGAUGCUUAUGGUGCAGCUAAAGAUGAAACUGGUAUAAAGAAUGUUUUACAAAAGAUGAUUUUUGAAUUUCAAAUAAAUCCUGGUAUUACUACAUUAAGAAAUUAUGUUUUACCUCAUAUAAAUGGUACUUCUGAAAAUUUAUUAUCUUUCUUCGUUGACUGUCAAGUCAAUGAAAAUACAGCCUCAAAUGCAAUACUAUCCCAUUUACUGUACAAUGAUAAAAUUCAAGAAGCAGUGCAAUUCAUGAGCAAUCAUUCUAGUUCAUACAGAAUCAGUAUGGUAAAACAUAACUUACUCAAAUCUUUCAAAAACACAGAAGAUGCCCCAUCCUUUGUGUGGAUACUUCAUUAUUUGUGCAUGAAAAAAUCAGAUAGUCAAUUGAUUUCUGAUAGCGAGAGACAAUAUAUGAUUCAACACUAUCUUGAUUCUUGUAUUCAAGAAGCUGUAGAAUACUUUGGAACUUCCAAUCGUUAUGUUAUUAUUGUGUUAUUUAGAAAUCUAGUUGACAAAGGCUUAAGUUUAUCUUCUAAAACUGCAGAAUCUAUAAAAGCGAAAUUAAGUGAUUCAGCCACUCCAGAAGUAUUACAACUUUUAGAAGUACUAGGAUCAGGAGAAUUAAUCCCAAAACCUAUAGAUAUAAGGAAUCUCGAAAGAGCCUGGUCUAUUUCUUACAAAAAAAUUACGGACAUAAGAAAAAUAGAACAUUUAAUGAAGGUUAAUUCUAUAACAAAUUCGAAAUCAGCGACAGAAAUGAAAAGAAAAUUAUUGCUGUAUUAUAGCCGUACAUUGAAUGAAUCAAAAGCAUUGGAAUACUUAGAAGAUUUGAAGGUAUCGGAAUAUCGUUUUAAUGGAUAUGAAUAUCAGUACGUAAUAAAUAUGUACACUAGUCUACAUAAUUUGGAAAAGGCUAAAUAUUAUUUUGAAGAGUCAUUGUUACAUUUUCCAAACUUCAAAUUUAAUCCAAGCCUGGUAAUAAAAUUAGCAACACAAUUAGUAGAAGCUGGAAGUAUUGAAGAUGCAAAAAAAUGCAUCAUGUUUUCUAGAACCCCUGCAUACUCAAUAGAAAGUGGAUGCGUUAAAUUAUUGGAAGCUACCUUGAAGUACAAUGAUGAGGAAUUAAUGGAAGAAUUUUUAAACUUGAUGAAAAAACAUCUUCACAUUACAAAGUUGACAAAUUCAAUUCUUAAUCCAUUCAUAGAAUUACAUCUGUCUCGAGAUGAUGGGCCAGCUGCGUUUGAGAAAUUUGAACAAAUAAAUAAAACUUAUAAGUUAAUUCCUAAUCUUGUUGGUCUAAUGCAAAAACUUAUUACUGAAAAAAACGAAAAUUUAAUAAGUAAAUUAGAACAAAUGUGUAACGCUACUUUCGGAAAAACGAGGACUUCAUUUUAUAUGGCUAUUGCUUAUUUAAAAAAUAACGAUUUAGAUGAAUGCAAGAACAUAAUACAGGAAAAAUGUCCGAACAUUUACGAAGAAGUUGUUCUUCAGUUUGCUGAAAAAUUUUAUAGACAAGGAGAUAUUGAAAGUUUGGAAAAAUUAUUCAAUGUUCUGAAUACUUUAAAGUAUGACGUCGAAAAUUUAUGUUUAAUAUUGGUGAAAAGUUAUUGCUCCAAAAAUGAUUGGAAGAAAAGUUACGAUUUAUGGACAAGAAUGCAAGAAGGUGAUGUAAUGUAUUCGACUAGAUUUAAUGAAUAUCUCAAUUUAGCAAUGAAACAAAAACACAUUGGAAACAGUGAACCUUUAAAUCGCUUUUAUAGCUUGUUACAUUCUCAGCCUCAUGAAGCAAUAAAAUAUCUAGAAAGUAUUCCAGGAGAACAUCGAAUUUACUGUUAUUCUACAUUAUGUGAAGAAUUUGCGCGAAAAGAGAACUUUUUGACAAUUAUAGAUUUGUAUAAAGAUUUGAAAGAGAAUUAUAACGAAGAUUUAACAUUGGAAGCAGUUUAUAAUAUUCUGAAAAAAAUGCUAAGCUGUAAGGAUCCCACUAGCAUUCAAAGCUUAGGAAAUUAUAUUAGUGCUGACAUGAAAAAGAAACUCAAUUAUAGCUAUUAUUUGAACCAAGCACAUGUGAAAUGUGGUUCUUAUAAUUUAUACUUGAAGGAUUUGGAAAGUAUGCUCGAUCAAGAUCUUCCAAAAUCAACAUUUUCUAGUAUGGAUUAUAACACGACUAUUCGCAGUUUAUUUGAAAAUUCAGAUCUUUGCCAACAAUUUGAAACGUUGGCUUAUAAAUUUCUAAAGAAAAAUAGAAGUGGUCCUAUACAUUGCUUGUGGGGAUACUACUUCUUACAAAAUGAUCCCAAAGCCAAAAAGCUUUGGAUAAAGUAUGUAAAAAAUGCAACAAUUCCUUUUUGGCUGAAUGUGUUAAGAUAUUUACUUAAAACAAAGAGUAUUAAAGAUGUUGUCAAACUUGCUGAACUUUUAAAUGAAUCUUCAGCACAUGAUAAACCUACUCACUAUAAUAAACUCAUAAGGUUUUGUUUAAAGUCAAAUGACUCCAAAAAAUAUGAGUAUGGUCUCAAAUGUUUACAACUUGCUCUUGAUGAUGUACAGAUGACUCAAUUGGAUAUGUACAGUUUAGCAGAACUCCAAAAAGGUCUUGAGCAAUCGGGUAUGAAAUGGCCUUGGACGAAUGAUAAAAAUCAAUAUAAUGAACUCAUCAAGUGAAAUGAUCAAAACCCAUUUGAUACUAUACAUUGAAAUAGUUUUUAAUUGUAAAUACAUCAGUCCUGUUACCUGUUACUUCAAUAAUUUGAUUUUUGUUGUGUACAUGGAAUAAGUCAAUUGUUGAAAUGUUCAUAGAUAAAAGAUUUAUUUUAUUCUAUUAAAUAAAUUUACAUUGAUAUUA